CUUCCAAUGUAAGAAAGAAAGAAAAAAAUUUGGAUUAGUACAACCAGUUCAGCCGAAAAGAACAGAGCUAUUAUGUUAUAUAUACGAGCCAAAUUGAGCUGUUCAAACAAUCUGUUGUCAUUUGAAAUGUUUCCAUUUGUGCUCCAAGUGUAUCAAAGUAUUUUGGCUCGAUGUCAAAGGUAAUAGUUUUAGGAGAUUCAUUGUACUGUGACGACGAAAAGAGUAAGAUUCAGAAAAUUUUCACAGCACAUCGAUCGCUUUGCUCCAAACGUUGAAUAAUAAAAUUUAUUGUUUACUAAAUUAAUACAAAUAGCAGACAAAUAGCAAUACGAUAUAAUGAAUGCGUAUGAAAUGAACAAACUUUCUUCCGAGAUAGAAUGGACUUCUGAAAGCAGUGUUGCUGUCUUUAACUUUGUAUGUCGACGUUGUAACAAAGGUGACAGGACGGAAAAACUCAUACGUCCAUGUAAAUGCACUGGCGAUCAGGAAUUUAUACACACUGACUGUUUAGAGACUCUAGUCAGAGUCAGAAAGCUUACUCAUUGCGUACGUUGUAGAACUUUUUACCCGUUGGAAUACAAGCGCAAACCACUAAUAGAGGUAAAUCAUACGAAAGAAUUGAUAACUGCAAUAUUUCUUAAAUAAAACAGUUUGGGCAGUUCCAACAAGAAUUUAAUAU